UCUUCAUAACAGUCUCAGAGUGCCCUGAAUUCCAGAAGUGUGUUUGUUAUAUUCCUGUCCUGCAUCUGAGCUCGGCUGCAGUUUCUCUUCAGGAGCAGAGCUGAUACCAAGAAAAUUAAGCCAAAAACUCCUAAUGAGGACUUUUAAGUCAGGAAAAUCCCUUUGAUUUGUUGCACAGGAUGGGCGACUGGGGCUUCCUGGAGAAGUUACUGGACCAGGUGCAGGAACAUUCAACAGUCAUCGGCAAGAUCUGGUUGACGGUCCUGUUCAUCUUCCGAAUCUUGAUCCUGGGUCUAGCUGGGGAGUCCGUUUGGGGGGAUGAGCAGUCCGAUUUUGUGUGCAAUACCAAGCAACCUGGCUGUACCAACGUCUGCUAUGACAACGCCUUCCCUAUUUCCCAUAUUCGUUACUGGGUGCUGCAGUUCCUCUUUGUCAGCACCCCAACUUUGGUCUAUCUGGGACAUGUCAUCUACCUCUCCCGACAAGAGGAGAAGCUAAAGGAACGGGAGAGUGAACUCCGGGCAUUGCAAGCCAAAGAUUACAAGGCAACAGCUAUGUUGAUGGCAGUGGAGAAGAAGAUGGCCAAGAUCUGUGUGGCUGAAGAUGGCCGAAUUAAAAUCCGUGGGCCUCUGAUGUGGACCUAUGUCAUCAGCGUGAUCUUCAAGACCAUCUUUGAGGCAGGCUUUCUUCUUGGCCAGUGGUACCUAUAUGGCUUUGUCAUGCAUGCUAACUAUGUGUGCCAAGGUUCUCCAUGCCCACACCAUGUGGACUGUUUUAUGUCCCGUCCCACUGAAAAAACCAUCUUCAUCCUUUUCAUGCUGGUAAUGGGCUUGAUAUCCCUUGUCCUCAACAUUCUGGAGCUUCUCCAUCUCUUUUGCAAGCACCUGGUCAAAAGGGUUAAGGAAAGUGACUGUUGCUCCCCAUCUUCUGCUCCCCCUCUACCCUUUGAUGGCAACAGCAUUGGUAAAAUGCCAACAGGGCCUUAUCCACCAGAUAAACCCUAUUUCUACCUGCCCAUGUCAGACAGGCAUGCUCCACCGGGAUACCAGGGAUACAACAAGCUCUCCAGUGAGCAGAACUGGGCCAACUACAACACAGAAGAAACCCUGGCCUUGCAAAACCAGAUUAGUCCUCCUGAUCUCUUUGCAACAGGACCCCCUGAAAUCCAUCUCUCUCCAGAAAAGCAAUCCAGCCGCCCAAGUAGCAGUGCUUCUAAAAAACAGUAUGUCUAGCAAGCAGCCAUUUGAAGUGUAAGUUCCAUGGGGGCUUCCUUGAGAGCAGCCAGGUUUCUCUCAAGGGUCUCUUCAUGUGGAAGGCUCCAAUAUGAUUCCUUGCCAUGGAAGAAAGAGGCUGGGCCUCAGGAUUCUUCCCAGGUGCUUCCCAGGUUUUUGCCACAGUAUUCUACUGCCCCGGUGAAAACCAGGACUUGAAGAUGGACACAGACUGAACUUGUGGAUCCACCAAGGUGUAAAAAACAAAAGGACACAUAGAACAAUCUCAUAGAAGCCACUGAAGCGGCUGGUUAAUGGGCAUUUUAAGAUGGAGUGCUAAAUGUUGAUUCCUGGGGGAAAACAUAAGUAGUUGGGUCUGUAUUUUGAGGUGUCUUGUGACUUACAGAUCAGAAAACAGCCACUGGACCACAAAGAGAGGAGGGUAGGUAGAAGAGACACCAGCUUGGACUAUCCAAACUGAGUUUCAAAUUUUGGAAGUAAAUUGAAGCUGAAAAGGAGAGGGCAGAAUAAACUUGAGGAGGAACUUCUGGUAUGUCACCUUUUUAGGAAUGGACAUGUGAACAGGUUGAGGAAAGUCAUCUAUCAAGCAGAUUUGUUUUCAUGUUGCAGUUGUCAAACUUCUGAGCAGUUUACUUAUUAAAUACUGCAGUACAUCUACCGUUUGCAUAUUGUUCCAAGUAGGCAUUAGGGAGAAUAAUUGCUGUUGCUGAUGUUAUCUUAUUAAAUAUGACUCCUAUUUAAGUAUAGAGCUGAUAAUGACUUAGGUCCUCUGGGUUACUUUAGAAAUGUCUUCCAUCUAACAGCGUAGAAAAGCAGUUUUCAAUCUCACCAUAUUUGAAACUCCAAUUUCUGUCUUCCACUGAUACUGGGUGAACUUUUGGUCUGCCAAGGGCUCUCUCUACAUUUUCCCCCCCUUCAACUGGUACCUUGGAGAAUUUGAAUCAAAACUGUUAACUAUGUAAAAUAACUCCCCUUUCUCAGUCUCCUUGGUCAUGUAAUUCCAUCUCUCAUUCCAUCAGGACACUUUUCUGGAGAUUGGCCUUCCACAAGCUAAAUGCCCUUCAACCAGUUGGGGCUACAGAUCCCCAAGUUUCCAGCCAUACUGGUUUGGGAUGCUGGGCACUAAGAUCCCAGCACAUCUGGAAGAUACCAAAUUAUGAAAAGGCACACAUUUCUCUUGGUGUUAAAUGGAUCAGAACCUCAUCAGAACUUCAUUCUGAUGGUUCUGUGAAGCCACAUUCCUUCGCAGACAAAAGACUAUUGUGUUAGCUGAACUUUACUCGGUAUAAAUCGUCCAUUGACGAUACUCUCUAAAUAUUGAAAGCUAUCUGGCCUUCUCCAGCGUAACUGCUCACCCAUCUUCUCAUUCCAAUCAUUAUUUGUGCAGGGCUCUGCCAAACAGAGAUUACUCCUGGAUGUUUGAGGUCAAUAUUGUGUUAUAUGUGUAUCCUUAUAAAUCGUUGCAGUGGUCAGUCUCUCUCCUGGCUUCCUACCUUCCUUUGUACCUUCCUUUUUUUAUAUGUGUUCUAAUUCUUUCACAUCAUAUGACUGUAAGCACAAGCCGGGUCCCUCAGUGUUAAAAUCACACUCUCUCCUGCAGUGGGAAAGUGAUGUGAAUUUUUUUUUAAUGCUCAUAUGUCAGCCCUUCCAGGAAAAAAUUCCUGCCUCUCUCUGGAUUAAAUCAAAGGAGUGGGAUAGUUUGGGGGUUUUGUGUUUGGAACUCCCCAUUUUUUGCUCCCCAUCUACCCUUUGAUGCCAACAGCAUUGGUAAAAUAUCAACAGGCAUUUAUCCACCAGAUAAAACCUAUUUCUACUGCAAAAAUACAUGCUCUGGAAACUGGCUUUUGUUGCUGCAGGUGAAAAGCUUGUGAUGGUUAUAAAAAUAGGAUCGCUCUCCAGCUUCAAUCAAGAGCAAACUGUGAUAGGAAGAGAUAGGGGGGCAAGGACCAUUUUUUCCCCAUUUCUACUGAACUGUUUCUGAUAACUAAACUGUGAAAAGGAGAUGGUUGUAUGUAGCGAACUCACCUCUGUGCCUUUGAUGAAGAUGUCUCAGAUCAACAUGGCCAUUAAGAAGCUGGCUUCACGUCCCCAGUUCAUAACCAAUGUUCACUCUUUCAGGGUGCAAGGUGGAGGGCUAUGGGUAUGCACUCUGUGUUUGUGUCCUUUUUUUUUCUAAAUAAAAAGAAUUUUUUUAUAUAUAAAUAAAAUGAAAAAUUGGCAAGACUGUUCUGUGGGUCAAUAGUACAUCUUGCAGCCGAUAUAAAAUUGGCCUGAUGAAUGCUUCCAUGCCAUUACAAGAUUCAAACCACUGGACACAAUGAUUAAAUAUCGAAGAUUUAACCAAGUCCUUUAUAAUGAACAUACUUGUAUUUGCAGAGCUCCAGAGAUGGAGCGCAAGACAUAUAUUAUUUGAAUGUCAAUUAUAUAAGAAAGAGAGAGAACCGUAUCUUGGAUUGCACGUUAGAUAAACAACUUAUUGGGAUCCUUGUAUUAAAACAAUAUGUGUCAUGUGGUGUCAGAAUUCACACAUUGCGUAUAUAACACAGCCCUUCAUUUGAAUAAAACAGUUCCAUUGA